CCACGGCCACCACCUACGACAGCUCAGCUUGCUCUGCAGCCACAUCUUCCAUCGCUCCAUGGCAGCCAAUCUUUACAUGCUUUGGUGCAGGCCAUGCAAAACCACCCAGAAGAUGCUGAAAAGCAGCUAUUCGGCGUGAUCAGCUUCGCUGCUGUUUGCAGUGGUGCUGAUUUGGAGUGCAAAGGCCGAGCAAUGGAUGCAGGGGCUUUUGAGGCGUUGCUUCAUGCUUUGCGCUACCAUGGUCAUGUCCCCUCCAUGCAAGAAUGGAUUGCCCGCUGUUUUGAGAGCCUCCCAGAAGCUUUGUGGAGCUUUAUUCAGACCCUGAAACGGGAUCCCCAAGAUGUUGAGUUGCAGAUUCUAGGUGGCAUGUGUUUGGCAAGACUCCACAAACCAGAGUGUCAUGAGGCUGCUGCAGACGCUGGUGUUUGUGAGGCUUUUGUCCAAGCAAUGCGCUUGCACGCCGAUGACAAUGAAGUGCAAAAUGCUGCAGCAAUUGGUCUUCGUGCAAACUGUCUUGGUCCAACUUCCGAGCCACUACCGCCCAAGGUAGCCAACAAAACAACCAAGUUGGCAUUGGGUCAUGGUGCCGUGGAUGCCCUUGUGGAAGCCGCCCAAAUGCAUUCCGAAGACUUCGACGUGUUAUACAAUUGCACUCUUGCGCUUGGCAGUAUUGUUAGAUUCAGAGCGCAGGAAUGCCGCAAGCAUGCGGGUGAGAUCGUCCAGGUCAUGUUACGCGCAUUGAAGAGCCCUCGUCAAGAUUUCAGGGUGACAUUUGUGGCCAAGAUGUGUCUCAAAGAUGUUCCAGGUGCUUUGUGCAGCCUCGUGGAAACCAUGAAUUCUGCCCCUGCCGAUGUCGAUGUGCAACAUUGGAGCUCGUGGUGGUUGGCAGAGGUAUUCUCUGCGGAUAUCACUGGUCCCCUCAUUGUCGACUAUCCAACUACCUGUGUUUUGCACGCCUUGGUUUGUGCUAUGCGAAACCACCCCACACGCACUCACGUGCAGACUCAUGCAGCUGCUGCACUAGGCGCCAUUUGUGCAGGGUGGGACUCAGAUGCACUCGAGCGUCAGAGGAAUGCUGUGGAUGCUGGUGCUUUGCAAGUUGUAGUGCAGGCCAUGAGAAGCCAUUCAUAUGAUGCAAAGGUGCAGGCUGCCAGCGCCCGCUGCUUUACGAGGAUUUCUAUAGCUCACGCCGCUGGAACGGCUGACGUUUUGCAGAUGAUGCUCCAUACUUACCAUGCUCAUCAUCGAGAUGCUGAAGCACGCAAAUGGAUAGCCUUGGGAGUUGCAAUGUUGCAAGGCGUAGCAGUUGCACAUCCCGAAGUCUCCCAUAUUCUGUGCCAAGUCAUCCAAGACUAUCCUCGGGAUGCGGAAGUGCAAUACAUAGCUUCGCUGGGAAUGGCAAAUGUUGCAUUUGGUUUGCCGCCUGCUGUGGGUGUCAGAGGAGUCUCACCUUGGCUAGCAAAGAGGCAUGAAAAGACAAAUCAAUUGGAAGAUCAGGCUAGCAAGCGCAUCGUCAGAAAGGCAUUGAUGAUAGAUGCCUCUUACUGUAACUGGUUGUGCAAAAGGUUCCAGAGACUUCGCCCUCAUGUCAGCAGGUGGAACGACUUGCAAAAGAUGAAGCAAUCCAAGAGGUGCUGGGACUAG